CUUUAGGCGCGAGCGGUUGAAAGUCGGUUGGUAUCGGUUCGGCCGCCGAGGUGCCGUCCCACCGCCCAGCCCGCUCCAUGGCGGACCCGGAGGAGCUGCGGCUUUCCCCGCAGCCGCCGCCCUCCUCUGCCUCGUCUUCAGACGCGUCUUCAGCAUCUUCCCCCGGCACCCCGGGGUAUUGGGGCCGGCCGGUUCUGAACAGGAACAGCGGCUGGCCGGUGGACCCGCUGGAGGAAGUGGAGCUGCAGAUCGGAGACGCAGCAUUUUCAUUAACCAAACUUCUUGAAGCUGCAUCUGCAGUAUCAGCUCAAGUGGAAGAGCUUGUCUUCAAAUGUACAGAAAAUGCACGUUUCCUUAAAACAUGGCGGGACCUCUUGAAAGAAGGCUAUGAUUCCUUGAAACCUGACAACUGAUUUGACUGUAAUAAUCCAUACCACCUCGUUUAUUAUCCUAUCCACACAUGUACCGUGUGGAUAGGAUAAUCACCAGCAGUUCUGUAUACAGAAGAUGAAAUUUUUCUUGGUUUUCUUCAUUUUGUGAAAACAAUAUCAUGUUAUUUUUGAUGCUGGCCCGUUUAUCUUUAAACACUUUCUGUUCUCUCAACUUUCAAAGACUCUUCUAUGAAAGUUAAUUAGUAGAUAAUAUUAAUAAUGCCACAGUGCUACCAGUAGCAAACUAGGUGGACCAUUAUUCUCUUCAGUUUGCAAGAAGAUAACAAAAAUGGCAGAGUUUGAAGUCGAGCUUUAUUAUAUGGACCAAUGUUAGAUUCAUCUCCAUUAGGCUAAGUUCCCUAGAACCAAUGAUUGUGUCUUAUUACUUAUAUAUUUCCAGCAGCUAGACGUCUGUUACACAACAAUCACUAAAUGUUUGAUGAAUAAGAGUUGACAACGUAAUUAAAAGCUGUUUUUUCUUCCUGUUUUUAGCAUGAAGAUUACAAUUGUUUCUCAAAAAGAUAUUUGAGUCAGAACCUCAUUGACCUGAAGGAAAAUGUUAUCCCUUUUUUUUUUUUUUGCGGUACGCGGGCCUCUCACUGCUGUGGCCUCUCCCGUUGCGGAGCACAGGCUCCGGACACGCAGGCUCAGCGGCCACGGCUCACGGGCCCAGCCGCUCCGUGGCAUGUGGGAUCUUUCCGGACCGGGGCACGAACCCAUGUCAGCUGCAUCGGCAGGCGGACUCUCAACCACUGCGCCACCAGGGAAGCCCUAAUUUUUUUUUUUUUAAACAGGAUUUUGAACUUUAACUGGUGACAGCUUUUUAAAAUAUAUGAUAAAUAUUUUUCACCCUUCUAUGAUGCUUUCCAAAAAAGCUUUCACUGAAACCUGUCUUGAAAGAAUGCCUAUUUUUUUUUCUAAGGUUAACUGCUUUUAUGGAUAUUUCUCAUAUUUGAUGUUGUUCUAUGUUUGAUUGCUCUUUUUAAAGUGCCUUAUCAAAAUUGUGGCUCUGUAUUAUUACUUUUGGAGCUUGGCAAGUAAUAAUUCUAAAUAUAAUAAUUCUAAACAAGUUACUUUUAAAAAAUGCAUCACAUUUAAAUGGUGUGAUUAUUUUCCUGUUAUUUGAUCUUCAUGACAGUGUUCUGUUUUACUCGUCCCGUAUCGUCCGUGUGCUCCCUCCCUCUCUCUUUCUCUUUUUUGGUGGGUUUGUGUCGUAUAUGUCAGUGAUUGAACCAACUAAUUCCCUUGCUGUGCAACUUCUGGACGCCUCUGAUACAGUAUCUUACUUCUUUGUAGGUAAGGAGGUAUGUACAGAACUAUAUUCCCAAGCCCCACAAUGGGCCUGUGAAAGGCGACACAUGGAUGGGCAAAGGAUAGUUUUGUUUAGCAUAUUAGGUCAUGGUUCUUGAUUAAUUUUUUUAAGUUAAGGAUAACACAUAUGGUGUGUUCCUAUACCAAAGAGAUGCUUAUUUUUAUAUUAGAAAACUGUUUUUCUUAUGUGUCAUGAAAAUUGCAAUUUUUAAAAUGUACAAAAAUAAACUUU